CUUGUGCAACGGACGUGAGACUGGAAGUCUAACAGAGUAUUACCGUGAGUACACAACACUGGCGACGAGGAUGGUCGAUCAAGAACCACAAGCUAGCAACGGCAGAGCACAGAUAGCAGACGCACCCCGUGGACCACUGCUAGGGAAGCCGAGUCGCUACGUUCCGGGAGGAGAUUGGCCAAGCUAUACGGAACAGAUGGAUUUCUUCUUCGUGGCUAAUGGUGUGUCAAACGCGCAGCACAAGAAAGCAAUCUUGCUGACGAAUGUUCCCACAGAAACAUUCCAAUUGAUCAAGGACCUGUUGGCGCCAACACCACCUAGCGACGGCGGCGUCACAUAUGAACAGAUCGUACAGGUGGUAAAGGACCACGUCAAGCCCGAACAAUCUCCUCUCGUGAGUCGUUAUGAAUUUGACACUAGGGUGCGUAAAUCUACGGAGUCGGUGAGUGAUUUUGUCAAAGUCCUCAGGCACCUAGCAGCAAAGUGCAAAUUCCACGAUGACCAAAGAAAUGAGCGUCUCAGAGACAGAUUCAUAGCGGACGUUGACUGA